AGAAUUAUAUGUGUUUUAGAUGUGUAAGAGAUACCUUGCAUGUCCUAUAACAGAUACAAACCACAGAGGGCAGUAUAAAUUACCAUAAAAUGUUAACAACAUGUUUAUCACGUACUUAAAUAGCUUUGAAGAAAAAUGAAAAAGAAGAAUGCAUAUUUAUGAUAAGCUUGAUAAAACAUGGCCAUAUGAGCCAUUAGAGAUUGUAUGUGUGGUACAUGGAGCCCAGCAAGCAUAGCAAAGCGCUAUGAAGACAGUUAUAAUUACAUUACAUGGUGUGAUGUAGAUUAGUUGCCUGGGGAUGAUGGUAGACUAGAUGGUGGGCUGUGGAUGUACAAUAAAGAUAAAUCAUCAUUAUCAUAGAGAUCACAUAGAUUACAUGCCAUGAUUAUAGAAAUGGACUAAAGGGCACUUAAGCCUCAUGAAGAAUCUGGCUCCUAGUGAUCUGUCUUCUUUGCUAACAACUUGGAUGCAGACCUUGGUUGUUUUAUCAAUUUGACAAGUAGGUUGGUGUCCAUUCCUUCAACUAAACAGAAUAGUUCUAGCUAUAUAAAUGGACACCUAAAAGUCCCUUGCUGCAGUACGUUGUGCUCAAAAAUGUGCAAGUGAGAUGACAUUGUGAAAUGAAAAGGAGCUAGACCUUAGAAGGGAUGCCUGCUUCAUAUUUCUGUGAGAGAACAGAACAGCUAACAAGAUGACGGAUUCGGCAUUUUUACUGCAUCCGAACCAUGAUGUAGAGGACCCAGAAGGUGAUACAUUCAGAGAUAUCAUCAGAGAAAGGGCAGAUGAGAGGGAGGAUGUUCAGAAAAAGACAUUUUUGAAAUGGAUUAAUGCUCAGUUUUCAAAGACCAACCACCCUCCUAUCCAGGACCUCAUAGAGGACUUGAAGGAUGGGACUCACCUCCUGGCUCUGCUGGAAGUGUUAACAGAGAGAUUCUUGAAACCUGAAAGAGGACGAAUGAGAGUUCACCAUCUUAAUAAUGUAGACCGAGUGAUCCAAAUCCUUAAUCACAGUUACAAUAUUCGAUUGGUGAAUAUCAGCAGUAAUGAUAUAGUAGAUGGUAACCCCAAACUUGUCCUGGGCCUUGUCUGGAGUAUCAUAUUACAUUGGCAGGUCAAAGAUGUUUUGAAAGGGAUCAUGGCAGAUCUGCAGCAGACAAACUUGGAGAAAACCUUGCUGGCUUGGUGUCGCCAGUCAACCCAAGGCUAUCGUGGAGUAGAUGUCAGGAACUUUACCACUAGCUGGAGGGAUGGACUGGCAUUUAAUGCUUUACUUCAUAGAUUCAACCCUCAGUUGUUUAACUUUGAUGAGUUGCUAAGCAACAACAAUGAAAGCAAUCUGGAGCAUGCCUUUCAAGUUGCCUAUGAACACUUGGGAAUCGAGAAACUGCUCGACCCAGAAGAUGUGAAUGUAGAUUGCCCAGAUAAGAAGUCUGUUAUGAUGUACUUGAUGUGUUUGUUCCAAGUCCUGCCUCACUCUAGUAUUGUGAUAGAGGACUCGGACAACAUGUCUACUACCUCAGAUCUAGUCUCAGUCAGUACACACACCAGUAAGCAGCUUCACCAUGCUUCUGCACAUGAGACUAUGUCUCUGAGUUCUGAGUCCAGUGCAAUGAGUGGCACAGUCAGUGUGAGCUCUAUAGAUCUUAAUUCAUACCAAGAAUCACUGGAGAAUGUAAUAGAAUGGCUGCUGAAGGCCGAGACAACAUAUGAAGGCAUGGGAGACAUUGGCAAUGAUGUUCUUCAGGUCAAGGACCAGUUCCAUGUACAUGAGGACUUCAUGAUGGAGCUGACCAAGCACCAGGGUAAUGUGGGUAAUGUCCUGCAGGAGGGGAACCACCUCAUUAGUGACGGCAAGAUAACAGAGGAGGAAGAGAACCAGAUACGCAUGCAGAUGAGCCUCCUUAAUGAACGCUGGGAGAAACUUCGUGUUAGUGCCAUGGACAGACAAACAAAACUUCAACAAACACUGAUGGAGCUUCAGCAGAAGCAGCUGGACCAACUUGCCACUUGGCUGGAGAAGAUGGAGAAGAAGAUGGAGAGGCAUGAACCAGUGGCCAGUGACCUGGAGGUGCUGCACAGACAGGUGGAUGAACAUAAGCAAUUACAAGAAGAGGUUGAAUCAGAGCAAGAGCAAGUCAACAGCCUUCAGAAUAUGGUGGUGGUUGUGGAUGAAGGAUCAGACUCAUCCUACCAGGCCCUGGAGGAGCAGCUGGACUCCCUGGGCCAGCGCUGGACUAAUGUUUGUAAGUGGGUAGAGGACCAGUGGUCAAAUCUGCAGGAUGUACUCAAGAAAUGGGAGGUCUACUCAAAUGAGAAAAAUAAGUUUGGAACUUGGCUACUGGAAAAGGAGGAAGUUUUAGGCAGAAUGCGGCUGGUCAACAUGUCUGAUCUGACCCCAGAUGAAGUACUGGGAGAAGUGAAAAAACUCAAGGCCAUUGAACAAGACAUGGAUGUUCAGGUUCAGAGAUUUGAUAAGCUGAACGAAGCAGGCCAGGUAUUAGUGCAACAUGUGGGAAAUGAUCCUGCUGCUGUACAGAGACUGACCAAUCAGUUGGAGGAGUUUCAGGAGCGCUGGGAGAACUUGGUGCAACAGAUGGAGUGGCAAAGCAAAGAGAUAGCUGAGUCUGGCAACAUAACCAGCAACCUAGCCAUGUCCCUGGGAGCCUCCCAGCCAAAGAAACCACGGAUAGACAGCUCCCGCCGUCAUGAGUUUGAUAUGGCAGUUAAAGAACUGAAUUCUUGGUUUGAGAAGACGGAGAGUAACCUGGAGCUCCUCACCACUGAGGCACCACAUCCAGACCAGCAGCUGACUCUGGAGGAACAACUUGUACUCAUACAGGAUACAGAGAAUGAUGUUAAAGACCGGGAAAAUGAAAUAAAUCAUGUCCAUGCUUUAGGGAAGAGUCUAAUUCAGGAGAUUAAGCAAGCUGAUGAAUCUUACGAAAGCAUCGAGACGAUCCUAAAGCAGCUGGAGAAGAGACGUAGUGACAUGACUCUGCUUCUAGAAGACACUCAGCGUAAGAUUAUCCUGUCUCUGGAGACGAAAAACUUUUACGAUGAACUCAAUGCUCUCCAGGAGAUCAUGCUGAGCUAUGAGAAGUGGGUAGGGGCAGCUGAGAGGAUAGCUGAGGAAGCAACAGAGAUAGGCAGGCAGCUGGAGCAGUGCAGGGUCAAACUGAAAGCCAUGAAGUCCCACGAUGAUAGACUGGAGCGGAUCAAUGAGCAUGCCAAAGUAUUGUUGAAGCAACCUGAUGUUACAAGUCAGAUACAGCAAGAUCUGGAUGCCUUCCUUAAGAGAUGGGAAAAUGCCUAUGACAAGAUAAAGGAUCGUCAGUUGAAGUUGACCCAGGCCCAGCACCGUGUGCCCCCCAAGGCUUUCCUAGAGGCCAAGGAGAGCCUGUUCAAGUGGCUGGCAGAUGUGGAGGAGGUGCUGAGGACAGAACAGUACCAGAUCAUGGAACUGCCCAAAAUGGAGGAGCAACAUAAACAGUAUAUGGAACUUCAAGGUGAGGUAACUGAGAACUUGUCCAAUAAAGAAUACAUCAGCAGCACAGGUGAGGUGUUGGUGGAGAGGGCCGCCUCAGAGGAGAAAGCCAAGAAGCUGCAAGGAGAGCUGGAGGAACUGACAGCUCGUUGGAAUGCCAUGGCUUCCACUAUAGCAGACACGGUGGUCAAAGGGGAACAGGGGAUUGAGAGACUCAAGCAGUAUGAGAACCAGGUAUCUGGGUUAAAUAGGUGGAUGGAUGAAAUGGACACCUUCUUAAAAGCCGAGAUGCCAGCACUGGGAGAUGUUGACACACUGGAGGCCCAGCUUAAUGAGAGUAAUGGAGUCCAAGAAGACAUCAAAACUUUGCAGUCCACAGUUGACAGUAUUCAUGAACUAAGUGAGGAGCUGAUUAAUGCUGCCUCUGAGGAAUAUGCUGCUGUCCUGCAGGAAGAAAUCGGCACCCUUGACCAACGCUGGGAGAAUGUUGUACAACAGUCUAAGGAACAGAAUGAGCAGCUACAGUCAGCCUUAGAAAAGAGCCAAGAAGUCUUGAAAAACAUAGAAAGUCUGAAUGAAUGGUGUGACAGUGUGACUGAGAAGGAGCUCUCUUCUGACUUUGUUUGUGAAACUCACACAGAUUUGUUUACAGCUACAAAGAAAUUCAAGAAACUGAAAGAUGAAGUAAGAAGCAAAGAAAAAGAAAUAGAAGACAUCCAUAAAAGCUGUGCAGAGGAUUCUUCCAUGGAAUCCUCAGAAGAACUUGCCCAGAAAAUUAACAUUCUCAGUAAUUGCUGCCUGGAUAUCCGCAACCGUGUUGAUAAUAGCCUCAAGAUGUAUGAAGAGGCAAAUUCCAAUUGGAACCAAUUAAAAGCUUUGCUACGAGAGGAAAAUAAGUGGUUAGAUGGCUUGCAGAAAAAGCUGAAUUCUUCAUCCAAAUCUAGUGCUGACGCCGAGGAAAUUUCAGAAGAGUUAGAUGAACUAGAAGGCUAUGUACGUGACCCAUCUGAGGAUAACAAGAAUAAGAUCAAUGAACUGGGUGAACUGCUGAUUGCAAGUAAAAUUAUGACAUCCACAGUGAAAACGGAGGUGGAUAACUUCAACACAAGAUGGGAUAAACUCAUGGAAGAGGGCCUGAGUGCCAUUGAGAAGUUGGAGGAGGCCAUCACUCAGGCUCAGAACAUUGAGCGUCAGAUGAUUGAGAUGACCCAUUGGAUGAUGGAGGUCAGUAGUCUGCUGCAGUCUCGCCUGGAUGCAGACAUGUUGGCAGGCGAUAUGCCAGAGGAGUUUGAGAGUCUUAAACAAGAAUUUGAGCAGCAGGAUCAGAUGCUCAAUGAAAUGGAGAAGCAGAUGUUAGAUUACAAAGCUCAGGGAAAACAAGAGGCCAGUGCACGUCUUGAACAGCAAAUACUCAUACUCAAGAAACACUAUGGAGAGGUGCAGCUGAAGUUCAUGAAGUUUCAACGUCCAGUUGAUUUUGAACCCAAACUUACUCAUGUCAAGAGAGCUCUGGAGGAAGUUCAGGAGAGGAUUCACCUCAUUGAACUGCGUAGCGAGGACCCAGAAGUCGUCCAGACACAAUUAGACCAGUGCAUGAAAUUCUACAAGUGCCUAAGUGAGAUCAAAUCGGAGGUGGAAUUUGUGAUCAAAACUGGACGUCAAGUGGUUGACAAGAAGCAGGUGGACUUUCCUGACAAGCUUGGAAAACAGUUGGAUGCAAUAAAAACACAAUACAAUGAGCUUGGUGCACAGGUAACACAGGGAAAGAAAACAUUAGAAAAGGCCUUAAAAGUGUCUAAAAAGUUGAAAAAGGAGGUGACUGGGAUCACAGAAUGGAUGGAUGCUGUGCAGAGAGAGCUCAACAAGAAGGAAAUGGUAAAGGCUCCUAAGAACCCAGAAGAGGAGAAAAUGUGGAUGGAGACCACCAUGCAUGAGCUGGCUAAGAGAGAGCCUUCACUGACCACCAUCACUGAACUGGUCAGCCAAAUCCAGGAGAUGGCCGAGGAUGGUCAGCUGGAGGAGGCCACACAAACACUGGAACUAGUCAAGAAUAACUGGAAUGAAUUGUCCAAUAGACUGGCUGCCAGGAAGACAUUGCUGCAGGAACAAAUUGCCCACCUUGAUGAGAUGUACAGGGAGUUCCAGGAUUCCCUGAAGGAAGUAACAGUCUGGCUGACCAAGAUAGCAGACAAAUUAAAAAGCAUGGACAGGAGCUCACCAGAGAAACAGGCACUUGAUGGGGAAUAUGAAAAACUCAAGUCCUUACAAGUAGAACUGAAUGAGCUUCAUAACCAAGUUGACCAAGUGAGAGAUUCGGCCAUUGAUUUGAUGAGCCGCAGUGAGAAAUACCACAAACUGGUGGAGCCAGAGCUUACACAGCUUAACCAAAGAUGGGAGGAGACAGCUGAGAAAAUCAAGUUAAAGCAGCAGUCUCACCAUCAGGCCAAUGAGCAGACCAAGCCAGAGAUAGAGAAAGCUGUCACAGAGCUUCUGCUGUGGAUGCAAGAAGUAGAGACAAAAAUGAAUGAAGCAGAUGGCAAUGAAGAAAGAUUACAGGCUGUAGAGGAAGAUAUCAGCAGACGCAGGCUGGAGGUUGAAGCUCUACAACAAAAGACCCAAGAUGACUCGGAAGCAGAAGAGAGCGAGGUUGGGAAACUGAACAAACGCUGGGUGGAAAUAACCACAAGAUUUGACCAACUGAACCAACCCCCAGCAGAAGAGACCAUAGAACCCCAGUCAUCUGCUACUGUUGCAAUGAUGUCUACUACCACCGUUGUAACUAUAACAACUUUCUCCAGAGUUCCUUCACAGUUUGUUGAGGAUGUGAAGAAGAUUGUGCAAGAAGUAGCAAACAUUGAGAAACAACUGACAGAAUGUUCACCAUGGACAGAGUACGAUGACAUCUCUCAAUAUGAAGAAAAAUUAAAGGCAGUGCAGGGGUCCCUGGAGAUGUUGGAGCCGUCAGUGGUAGCGGCAGAGGAGCAGAAGGAUGGCGUGCUUGAUGCCAGUGACCAUGAGGAGGCUACAAGGAUUAAGAAGAUCAUGGAGAAACUGCGGCAAGAUUGGGCCAGAGUGAAUAAGGAAUACAAAGAAAAAUACGGUCACUGGACUGAAACUGCUGACCAGUGGCGUCAGUUCCACUGUGACAUGAAAGAGCUGGCGUCGUGGCUGACAGAGGCAGAGAAGACGCUGGCUGAGACCAGGACUAGCGAGGGCAACAUCGAUCUGGAGAAGGCAAAAGCACAGCAGAAGGAGUUAGAAGAGCAGGUGAAGCUUCACCAGGCCACCAUCCACAACCUGCACACGUCAAGCCAGGAGAUCGUCCAGCAGUCCUCCUCUCCUGAAGCUGGCCUUCUGGCGGAAAAACUGGAACAGCUCAAUAGGCGUUGGCAGGCUGUCUUCACUGAUAUCUCAGAUAGGAAAGACAGGUUUGAGGCUGAGGCAAUGGAGACCAGUGUUUUUAGUGAAGAGAUGGACGAGUUGUUCUUCUGGUUGGAUGAAACGGAGACCAUCUUGAACACCACUGUCAGGAUAGCAGACGAACAAUAUUUGGAAGAUUUAUUAGAAAAAGUCAAGGAUCGUGAGGAAGAUAUUCCCUCUCGGCAGCAGAGUUUGAAGACGCUGAACUCCACAGCAGACGAUCUGGUUGCUGCUCCCACCACCUCCCAGGAAGAUGCUGCCAAUAUCAGGAAGGACAUUGCUAUGCUCACUGCCAGAUGGGACAAGGUGACCAGUGACAUCCCAGGGAAGAGAAAAGCAUUGGAGGAGCGUCUGCAGCAUCUCAAGUCUUUCCAGGAGGAAGUGGAGGACCUGCAGACUUGGGUUUCGGAGACUAAGGCUCUGCUGGAUCAGCAGCUCCACCCCACUAGUACCACGUCACCAGGAGAGAGAGACUCUGUUAUUGUUGACCCACAGACAAUGCAAAGUGCGCUGAAUUCCAGGCAGAAAAACAUUGAUGAUGUAAAUGACACAUUUAAUGGAUUACUUGAGGAGUGCAGUAAGAUGGACUUGACUGUACCAGCACAUAUUCAGAAGAAAGUUAUGACACUCAAUACUGAUUGGGAGAAAGUAAAAGAAAUGGCAACCAAUCUCCGCCCUUCCUCCAGCACUGAAGUGGUAUACCAAAUAGAGAAAGCAGAGAUGAAGAGCAGUGAUGACGAGAUGUGGCCCGAGUUUGACAAGUCUGUGGUAGAGCUAAGGGAUUGGUUGACAUUACUGGAGCAAAUGCUCAAGUCUCAGAUUGUCACUGUUGGGGAUAUUGAAGAAAUAGAAGAGAUGAUUUCAAAACAGAAGAGAGCAUUUGAAUGUGUGAGCUCACGACCUCUUACUUCCCUUAGCUGUGAUGAUGUAGACACCAUACGCUCUAUGGUUAGAGACAUACGCCAGCAUAUUCUUGUACUCAAGACGAUUCUCAGUGAUUUGGAAGGCAAGCAGCCUCACCUGCAGGACCUGAUCACAGCAGGAGAGAACUUGAAGAGUCAAACUGAGGAGGAAAACGAUAAGCAGGUGCUACAGGAAAAAGUUGAACGGCUGAGGGAACAUUGGGAAGAAGCCAAUGCCAAAGUGACUUUCAGGAAGAACCAGCUUGAUGACAUGCUAUUAGAGUGUAAGCAGUUUGACGAGAAAAGAGCCGAGUUUGACCGCUGGGCAGACAAGGUGGAGGAGGACCUAAAGGCCAUUACACCUGAGGACGAACCACCACCAGAAGACCUGGAGAAGCAACUUAAUGAUCAUAAGGCAGUAGAAUGUGAAGUGGACCAGUGGAAAAAGAGUGUGACAACUUUGAACUCCAUGGCAAACAAACUUGUGGAGGACUACAGCAAAGACAACACAAAUAAGAUAAAAAUGAAUAUUGACAGAAUCAAUGCAAGGUGGCAGCACUUACUGUCAAGGCUGGAAACUCGAGGCAGGUCUCUCCAGGCGGUUCAGGCUACACAGCAACACUUCGAUACAGCACUAGACCAGUAUUUUAUCUUCUUGGCACAGUCGGAAUCGCGCCUGGCUGGACUUGAUGAGCUUACUGCUGCAGACGGGGCACUGGAAGAUGUGGACGAGGUGCGGGUGUGGGCAGAGAGAUACCAGGACCUCCAAACUGAGAUAGAUUCCCACCAGUAUGCCUUUGAGAAACUAAACGGCACGGGACAUCAGCUGGUCAGAAACCUAGAGCCAGAUGAGGCUUCCACGCUGCAGAGGAGAUUAGAAGAAAUGAAUCAAAGGUGGAUCAAACUGCAGAACAAAUCCUUAGAAAUCAGGUCUCGUCUGGAGAGCAAUGCUGAACAGUGGAGUAAACUGGUGAAGAGUUUACAGCACCUGAUAGACUGGGUCACUGCCCAACACCAGGAGCUGGUCAGACAACAACCCAUAGGAGGAGAUGUCACACUCGUCCAGCAGCAAGCCAGGGACCAGCAGGAGUUAAAGCGUAGACUGGAAGAGAAGAGGCCAGUUAUAGAGCACAGCUUACAUACAGGCAGACUAUAUCUACAGGAAGAUGGAGAAGACAAACGCCUCAGUGCAGACAGUGGUGAAGGCAGUGACCUCUCAGAAGAUGAAAAAGAAAGGACAGCAGAACAAGAAGCAAGGCAUUUAAUUCGCAGCAUACGCCGUUAUGUCAGAAUUUUGACCAAAAAAUGGACAGAAAUUAAUCAGGCCUCCAAUGAAUGGCAAGCCAUCGUAGAUGAAGUGCUAGAGCGUAUGGUUGUCUUCCAUACUGCAUUGGACGGUCUUGCCAGUCGUCUGCAGGACUUAGAAAGGGAAAAGGCAAGGUGGACACCUGUUGGGGAUGUUAUUGUGGACUCCUUACAACAGGAAGUGGACCAAAUAAAGGCUUUUGAGUUACGGAUAGCCCCUAACCAAGGCCAGAUAGAUUACGUCAAUGACCUUGCCAACCAGUUCCAUGCUCAGCGUGUUGUCUUGUCACAUAUCAAUGUCAAUAAGCUAGAAGAUUUAAAUGCAAGGUGGAAAGCUUUACAGGAAGCAACAGAAGACAGACAUAAACAGCUUCAGGAAGCCUUACGAGAUUUUGGACCAAAUUCACAACAUUUCCUCUCAGCAUCUGUAGAACACCCCUGGGAACGAGCUGUAGCAGGGAAUAAAGUGCCUUACUAUAUCAAUCAUACCACAGAAACCACCACUUGGGAUCACCCAGUAAUGGCACAGCAAAUGCAGAAUAUCACAGAACUAAAUGAUGUCCGCUUCUCUGCGUACAGGACAGCCAUGAAACUGAGGGCAAUGCAGAAGAGGCUGUGUCUUGACCUGGUCAGCCUUAAUGUUGUGAUAGAUGCUUUCGACAGUCACGACCUUCGUGCUCAAAAUGACCGGCUGAUGGACGUGAUGGAGAUCAUAAACUGCUUGACCAGCAUGUACGAGUCCAUCCUGGAGGAACAUCCUAACCUAGUCAAUGUGCCAUUGUGUGUGGAUCUGGUGCUCAAUUGGUUGCUCAAUGUUUACGACAUAGCCCGUGGGGGAAAGAUCCGGGUCUUGUCAUUCAAAGUUGGUAUUGUGUUGAUGUGCAAAGCUCAUCUAGAGGAUAAGUACAGAUACAUCUUCCGUUUGGUUGCUGAUGCAAAUGGUCUAGUAGACCAGCGUAAUCUAGGUUUACUUCUACAUGACUGUUUGCAAAUUCCCCGUCAGCUUGGCGAAGUGGCUGCAUUUGGUGGAAGUAACAUAGAACCUAGUGUUAGGAGCUGUUUUGAGAAGUCUAAUGGUAAGAAUGAGGUGCAAGCGUCCCACUUCCUUGACUGGCUAAAGAUGGAGCCACAGUCCAUGGUCUGGCUCCCUGUGCUGUAUCGCCUGGCCGCUGCUGAAACUGCCAAACAUCAAGCCAAGUGCAAUAUCUGUAAGGAUUACCCAAUCAUUGGAUUAAGAUACCGCUGUUUAAGGUGCUUCAAUUUUGACUUGUGUCAGACCUGUUUCUUCUCUGGAAGAAAAGCCAAAGGCCAUAAACUCACCCACCCUAUGCAGGAAUAUUGCACAGCAACAACAUCUGGGGAGGAUGUGAGAGAUUUCUCUCGAGUGUUAAAGAACAAGUUGCGAUCAAAACGCUAUUUCAAGAAGCAUCCAAGACUCGGCUAUCUUCCUGUACAAACAGUAUUAGAAGGCGAUAAUCUGGAGAGCCCGUCGCCGUCUUCUCCACAGCACACGUCAAGAGAGAUGCACCAGCGACUGGAACUCUAUGCAAGCAGUCCCUCUUCCAUUGCAUCAUCCCAAAAUACCUCCCAAGAGAUUCACCCACGCCUGGAACUGUAUGCCAGCAGACUGGCAGAAGUUGAGCAACGGCAGCAGAGUUCUACACCAGAAUCGGAAGAUGAACAUCACUUAAUAGCUCAGUAUUGCCAAAGCCUCAAUGGGGACACGCCAACUCACACAUUGAAGAGCCCCAUGCAGAUCAUGCUGGCCAUAGAUGCUGACCAGCGGUCAGAACUGGAGGCCAUGAUCAAAGAUCUGGAGGAGGAAAACAAAAAUCUCCAAGAAGAGUAUGACCGUCUGCGCCAGGCUCACGAUGACCAUGAAGAACAAAGCCAUCGACCGCAUGGUGAUGACGAGGAGUUCUCUAGUAGCAGAGAUGCAGAAAUGAUUGCUGAGGCCAAGCUGCUGCGUCAACACAAGGGACGCCUGGAAGCAAGAAUGCAAAUUUUGGAGGAUCAUAACAGACAGCUAGAAGCUCAGCUGCAACGUCUGAGGCAACUUCUAGAUCAGCCCUCAGACGAGCCCUCCAUAAGUUACGUCAGCCACCAGCGUUCCGCCAGCCAAGCAUCCACAGUCUCCCAAAGUUCGUACCAAGGUGACCCAUCACUCAGACUCCAGUUUUCUCCACAAGCACGCUCUACACCACAAAUGAAUGGACACAGUGCUAAUGGUUUUUCGCCCAGUCCAAGGAUGGAAGAUUCCAGGAAAAAGUCCAGCUCAGUUCAAGAAAGUGAAUUAGAUGAGAUUAUGAGAGAAAUUAAUGAAUCUUUCCCACCUCCAGAAAAGAGCAAAGCCACUAAGAAUGUUGGUGAGUUGUUCCACAUGGCAGGGCAGGUGGGACGGGCAGUCGGUACACUGGUCACAGUGAUGACAGAUGAUGAGAGGAGCGGCAGUGAGGAAGAGAGAGAAAGUCCAGCCUAUCCUGGUCCUCCUGGUGACAGAAGACAUUGACUGCCUGUACUGUGAUCACACACACAUAAACACUCACACACACCAGCUUUUGGGCCAGAGAUUAGACACUAGAUGGAGCCUCCAGUCCCAACUCGAGAAUGAAUAGGGAGGGGUGGGAUUAAUCAAGAUCAUAGAUCUGUCAUUGAUGAUAUUUUUGGAGAGGGAAGCUUCAAGUGGACUUUUAAGUCUGGCUAACAAUAAUGUGCAUAGUGGCCAAAUGUGUUCCACAUGCAGUCCUAGACUGAAGAAAGUUUGCAUAAUGCAGACAGGACAGCUGUAUGUAUUUAUAGCAGGCAUGGAAAAAUUUUGUAUGGACUGUGUGUGUCAUUCUUUUCUCAUUUUCCUGGAAUUUAGUUGCUCUGGUAGACCAACAACUUUUUUUAUCAUAGAGUCUUAUCAUGGAUGUGGAUAGGUUCUUUCAUUUUUUUUAUGAACUUCGGGAGUCUGUGGUGACUUGCUACUCAAAAAGUUUGCAUUUGCCUAAUCAUUUAUGUUUUUAUGUACUGUUUUUAUGUAAGUCUGUGCAACUGUGUCACAAUUACUGACUUAUUGCUUGGAUGUUGUCCGUGUGACUGGAAGCUGAAAGAACUUCAGGACUUCCCUUUCACUAGAAGUAUGCUGUUAUAUUGUAUGUUAAGUGUAAAAUGAGAUACAAUGUAUGUAUCCUAUGUCCAGGGCAUACAUUGCAACAGACAGACAGCAGUGAGAAACAUACGAUAUUUAGUCUGUAUCAUAGUAUGGUCAGAUAACGCUGACACCUAUUGGUCAGUAUAUUUUGUGUACUUUUUGUUUCUACCAUUUUUUUCCUAAUAAGUGAAGUUUUACUUAGGAUUAUUCUUCUCUAAGCAGCUGUAUUUUUUGUAGUCUGUGUUAUACCUCAUACACAUCAGAAGUCAGAACUUCAUUUACUUUCCUCAAAGAGGCCAAAUAUACAUGUACGUAGACUAGAUUGAAUGAAAGAUAAUUAAAUUAAUUAUUAUUUUUAGAUUUCAACAUAAAUUAUUUAAUUGAUCCACAGGACGGCAAACAGUCGUGAGACAGUAGAUUUUCAUAUUUAUCCAUAUGUAAAAUGAAUAUUCUUAUGUAGCAUACGUCUUUUAGUAUGCAUGUAUGAUCGGAGGGAUGGAAGGUUUGUCGCUGUAUUUUCUUCAGCAGCCAGGAUGUAACUGGUUUCAUCAUGUAUAUAAUCAAAUGAACAAGAAAUAAGAAAUCACUGAGUCAUUUCCAACCUUAAUGUUAAUCUCUCAAUCUUGUUGAAGCCAAAUUAUAGACAAAUAUGAAAUACAGACCGACUUCUGAUUGAGAACAGUGAAGCUAGGUAAUGAUUAGGUUGAAACCAGCAAUAAGUUGAGAUUACAUAAUUAAAUGGCAAGAUACAAGAGGCAAGGUUUCCUGAUGAUUGGUGGUAUUUUUAUUAACAUUUUGUAAACAUUUACAUGAAGUACAUGUAUCAUAGUGUAAAUCUUCAAUAAAGGAAUUUUUCAUCA